AAAUGUACCGUUCGUCACCAGCACAACGAGGAGUGCAACGAUCUGAUCACGAUGGAAAAGCGCAUCCAGUUCCCGAUCGAGAUGUCGAUGCCGUGGAUCCUAACCGAUCACAUCCUUCGCACCAAAGAACCCUCCAUGAUGGAGUACGUGCUCUAUCCGCUGGAUCUGUACAACGAUUCGGCCCUGUAUGCGUUGACCAUCUUCCGGAAGCAGUUUCUGUACGACGAAGUGGAAGCCGAGGUCAAUCUGUGCUUCGAUCAGUUUGUUUAUAAGUUGAGCGAACAGGUUUUUGCUCAUUAUAAGCAACUGGCUGGAAGCAUUUAUUUGGACAAACGAUUCCGGGUGGAAUGUGAAGUGCUUGGCAUCAACUUCCAGUCGCAUCCGAGGAACAAUCGGUACGAGACUUUGCUGAAACAACGACACGUCCAGCUCCUUGGACGUUCGAUCGAUCUGAACAAGUUGAUCACUCAGCGUAUCAAUGCGGACAUGCAGAAGAGCUUGGAGUUGGCAAUCUGCCGUUUCGAAGCCAGCGAUAUCACCGGAGUCGUUGAACUGGAAGCGCUGCUCGCGGUCAACAAACUCUGUCACAAACUGUUGUCCCGGUUUCUGGCCUUGGACGACUUCGACGCCAUGCUAAAAGAGGCCAACCAUAACGUUCUAGCCCCGUAUGGCCGAAUUACGCUGCACGUCUUUGUCGAACUGAACUACGACUUCCUCUCAAAUUACUGCUACAAUGCGGCCACAAAUCGCUUCGUACGGAACAAGCUCCAGAUCCCGUUCUCCGGAGCAAUCACCCGCGAGAAGGCUCCGGUUAUGUCACACUACUACUUGUGGGGCUCCAAACCGUUGAACGCGGCCUUCUCCACCCAGUACGGCCAGUACACAGGCUUCGUCGGAUCCUUCCACUUCCACGCCAUGUGCCGGCUACUGGGCUACCAAGGAAUCGCCGUCGUCAUGGAAAUCAUCCUCAAGGACAUCGUCAAACCGCUGAUCCAAGGCAACCUGCUCCAGUUCACCAAAACCCUCAUGUCCGCUAUGCCAAAAUCCUGCAAACUCCCUCGGUGCGACUACGGAUCGCCGGGUGUUCUCAGCUACUACCAGGCCCAUCUGGUCGACAUCGUACAGUAUCCGGAUGCAAAGACCGAACUGUUUCAGCUGUUCCGAGAGCUGGGCAACUCAUUGCUGUUCUGUCUGCUAAUCGAGCAGGCCCUCUCCCAGGAGGAGGUGUGCGACCUGCUGCACGCAGCCCCAUUCCAGAACAUCUUGCCCAGACCGUACUGCAAGGAGGGCGAAAAGCCGGAAACCAAACAGAAGCGACUGGAGACGAAGUACUCCUCGUUGCAGAUUGUCCCGAACAUCGAGAAGCUGGGAACGGCAAAGCAAGCGAUGAUCGCCCGCGAGGGUGACCUCCUAACGCGGGAGCGUCUGUGCUGUGGCCUCAGUAUCUUCGAGGUCAUUCUCGGUCGCGUCAAAUCAUUCCUGGACGAUCCGGUGUGGGCGGGCCCACCGCCGGUCAACGGAGUGAUGCACAUCGACGAGUGUUCCGAGUUCCACCGGUUGUGGUCGGCGCUGCAGUUCGUGUACUGCAUUCCGGUCGCCGGCACCGAGUACACCGUGGAAGAACUGUUCGGAGAGGGACUUCAUUGGGCCGGUUGUGCAAUCAUCGUUCUGUUGAACCAACAGCGGAAGUUUGAGGCGCUGGAUUUCUGCUAUCACAUUCUACGUGUGCAGCGCGUCGACGGCAAGGAUGAUACCGUGAAGGGAAUUAAUUUGAAACGCAUGGUGGACCGAAUCCGGCGCUUCCAGGUGCUGAACUCGCAAAUCUUCGCCAUCCUGAACAAGUAUCUGAAAAGCAACGACCUGGAGGGUUCCAACGUGGAACACGUGCGGUGUUUCCCACCACCGCCACAUCCGACGGUGGUCCCGUCGCACUAUCACGACCCGAACAAACUGCGGGCACAGUAAGCUCGCAGACGAAGACAAGACGUGUGUAGGUAUAGUACUGUUGUAUUCCAGUAGUAAGCUAACGGACUAUAAAGCUAAGCUCCAAUCCAAUGAAACCGUGUUGUGCGCGAGGAUCUAAUGCGGAACGUUGUAGGCAUUUUCUUUUUUAUUACGACGAAAUUUUUUGCGUUUAUUAUGUUUUAGUUUUUAUUUUAUGCGAAUAUUUAUUUUCAUAUUGCAGUUCAUAUUUCGUGUAAUCGGAUGAUCGUUAAAACACGUGCGUUUAGAAAGUUUAUGAGUCGUCCGAAAAAGGAUGUGUAUUCACACAGUAGAAUAUGUGAACCUUCUACAAGAGAGAUGAAUAUAUUUGCUUUGAUCUUCCUUACAUACAAAUAUCGAAUGCAACAUUAGGAUUAGACUAGCAGCGGAAGCAAAAUCGCAUUUUGAAUGCUUUAUUAAGGACAUUAUCGAACCAUAUUGACGUAUUACAUCAGAGACUUUCUUAAGUUUUAUGGGCGAAAGUAGCGUCGAAUUAGAUUCAAUUAACAUACUUGUACCAAGUAGAUUUUUCAUUGACCCAUAAAACUAGACCGUUGCUCAAAGUCAAAAUUUUCUCAAACCAGCUUUUACAGCACUUUUGACGGAUUGUUUACCGAAGUAACAUUCUUAAGUCAAAUAGACUAGAAGAGGUUUCUAGAACAACCAUAAAAACAAAAUAAGUUAUUGGGUUUUACGAUAGUUCUGAAAACUUCUUCAAGACUAAUUGAUUGAUUUAUCUUUAUUUGAGAGACUUUCAGCCCUUGGCUGGUUCGUCUCCCUUCAAGACUAAUUGACCACCAAAAUGUUACCUGAGUAACGCAAAGUUUCACAAUUUACCAAUAAACAUUUAGAAGUUUCUCUUCCUGAUAUAUAUCAGACAUUUUUCUCAACUGGAUUUCUAACUUGUUUCAACAGUUUUAAUAGUUUUCCAUUUACAGAAAGAGAACGUCAGUAGUCGGUGUUGCGACGUAAAGAAGCUGCGUUAUAGAACUAGAAACGGGUAUUGAGAACUUAUGAUCCGUAAUAAUCAGGAGCGCCUCCAUCGUCACCGUUAAGUAUAACCUGAAUGAGCGACGUACACAAAGGAAAAAAAAAAUAGAGCCAACAGAGAGAUGACGAAAUGUCGAAUACAGGCAAAAACUCGAGGAGCCAAAAUUGCUAUGGGAAAUUCGAUGUCACUCACGAUCGCGGAUCUGGUAAUGGAAACACUGCUAGACACGGUGAUGACGAGAAUCACGUUUCUGGAACCAGUCUGAGAUGGCCGAAAAUGAGUUAACGUGGUUUAUAGACAUCGACUAAGAAACAUGCUGCCAUAGGUGAAAGAUACAGUACAAAAACUGAACCGUUCGAACGUGAUAUACAGGAUCCCAUGUGCAGACUGUUCGGCUGGCUACGUAUGUAGGUAUGACGUCGAACCAACUGCUAACACGGCUAGCCAGUCACCGCCCCUGUUCCAACUGACUGCGAAGUUUGUAGGAGCGGGAAAAGACAGCGGAGGAUGAUGAAAUAGCCACAAUAGCCGCUGUUUUUAAAUUUUCCGAAGAAGUGAGGAAGACAUCACAAAACUGGUUAAAAGGCUCAUAAGCGCACAGACUGACAACCUCAGCAGUACGUACGUCGGCAUUCUACACACACAUAACGUAACAACAGUAGAGCCGAGCAGCAAACACACAGAGCACACGCUUCUACAGAACAAGUUUGAAAGUAGCGUGAAACAGACUGCACCUCAUUUCGGAUCCGCCAUAAGAACGAUGUUCAAAGAUUACAGUCGGAAACUUGGAAACAUGGUCACCAGAAAAGACUUCCUUCUCAAGUGUAGAAGAACGGGGAUGUUUCCAACGCACAUCAGCGGGAUCGGAAGUGCAAGUCGGUCAUCGUAAAUACACCGAAUCGCUGAGAGUCAUUUGGAGUACGUGAAGGAUAAGGCUACCGAUAAGGGCAUAUGUGGGAUACGCUACGGAAGGUGUUUCAACGGAAAGGUUUCGACAGCCAGAUUUUCUUGCAACGGCAGCUGUUGAUGAUGAAGAUGAGUGAAUGCGUUGGAGUACAGAACCAUUUCCUGGAUUUUGACAAGCUACUACGUGAUCUGAAGGCCAGCGGAGCGAAGAUAGAUGCGCAAGACGACGCACCUCUUGUUGACGUUACUUUCUUUGUACGACGCGCUUGUUACGGCACUGGACACUGUGGAACCGGAUCGAUUGACGCUGAAAUUUGUGCGAACACGACUGCUGAAUGAGGAAACGAGGCGAGCGAACAAGAAUGUGGGUGAAGCAUCUGGGAGCUCGGAAUAGGCGUUUGUGAGCAAGAAAUGGAACUUCAAGUGCUAUAACUGCGGAAAAAUAGGCCAUAAACGAUCGGAAUGCAAGGAGAAACCAACGGGCGAAAGAAAUCGCAAUCGGCUACCCAAGUUCGAGUCCAGAGGCAAGGCGAAUAUCGAUGCGGAAGCAGACAUUGCGUUUUUGGCCACGUGUGAUUAAGAAGCAUUGGUUGUUGGAAGGUCUGAAGACGGAUUGCAGAUUGAAUGGUAUGUAGACUCCGGUGCGUCGAACCAUAUACUGAACUCAGAAGCGUACUUUGAAGAACUGCAUGAUCUACCGGAAACCGUUCGAAUUACUGUAGCCAAAAGAGGAGAAUCGAUGGAAACGAAUGUGGCUGGCACCGUGAGAGCUGAAAUGCUGGUUGACGGAAUGCGUUAGAGAGCUGUUGUGGAUAAUGUGCUGUAUGUUCCCAAUCUGAGCUGCAAUGCAUAAAAGUUACUUUCGUCAUCGGAAAGGUCCUGAUCGAGAAGAAUGAUCAAGUUGUUGCGACGGGUACGAGAGGAAGAUCGUUGUACAGGCUGGACGACCAUCGGCGAAAUCGUGAGCAGAAUGCACUGCCGUGUGCAGCAUAGUUGUCCCAUGUUAAUAGGGAUUCCCAUAGAACAUGGGACAACUAUGCUGCACACGGCAGUGCAAUGGUGGCGAAAACUGAUGACUUCGAACUCUGGCGCAGGCGCUUUGGACACGUUGGUGAAGCCAAUCUCCGUAAGCUGUGGAUGCACGAUAUGGUGAAGACCAAGGGGAGUCAACUAAGUAGUACUGAGAACCGAAUUUGCGAAGCUAGAGGGGAAGCAAACGAAGAAAGCCUUUGAAUAGAUACAAGAGUCGAAAUCCCGGAGGCCCCUUGAGCUAAUUCAUACGGAUGUGUGUGGGCCGUUCGUCCCGCAUACGUGGAAUCAGAAGUGGUACUUUGUAACGUUUACGGAUGACGACACGCAUUUUACUGUGGUAUCAUCUGUUGAAUUCGAAGGACGAGGUGCAGGAACAUUUAAUCGAGUACGAAGCUAAGGUUACUGCAUAUUUUGGAAGCAAGAUUGCUAGACUGAGAUGCGCCAACGGAGGAGAAUAUAACAGUGCCGAAUUUUAAGAAUUUUGCCGCAGGAGAGGAAUUUCGUUGAAGUAUACCGUUCCGUACAAUCCACAACAAAAUAGAGAGGACGAAGAGGACAUUGUUAGACAAAUCAAGAUCUCUAGUCUUGGAUGCGGGCCUACCGAAGAUGUUGUGGGAAGAAGCAGUGCUUACGGCAACGUACCUUGGAAAUCGUUGCCCAACGACUGCAUUGCGAGAAUCAAAGACUCCUUACGAAAUGUGGUAUCAUCGGAAACCGGAUGUCGACAAUCUACGUGUUUUUGGUUCGACUGCUUAUACGCAUAUACCGAAACAGCAGCGAGGAAAACUGGAUGCAAGAUCUCAAAAGAAUGGGAUGAUUAGAUACGCAAACAACACGGUUAACGCAUUUUGAAUGUCGAAAAAGGAAGCUGUUUGUAUCUCGGGACGUGAUUUUUGAUAAGAAGUCUGCAUUGUCCAUACCGAAGCGUUGCGUGGAGAUAAUUGAAGAUGACAGUUGUGUGAAUAAUUAUGAAGAACGUACUCCUGAUCAAGAACCCAAAACGACUACCAUAUCCUUCAAAUGGAUGUCAAAACCGCUUUCCUGAAAGGCCAUUUAAAGGAAGAGAUUUUUAUGAAGCAACCUGAGGGAUAUGAUGCCGAUCGGAACAUUGUAUGCCGCUUGCGGAAAUCGCUAUAUGGGUUAAAACAAGCACCAAGGAGCUGGAAUGAAGUCUUCAAUUCACAUUUGAAGAGGCUAGGAUUCCACCGUUCAAACUAUGAUAGCUGCUUGUAUUUGAAGAAGAUUGAAGAUGACGUAAUCUACCUGUUACAAUAUGUGGAUGAUUUUAUUCUAGCAAGCUCGGAUUCAUCCAACAAAUCAAGGAAAAAGAUGUUCAACCGCUUUGAAAUGACAUAUUGACGAAGUGAAGCAAUUCCUUGGACUAAAGAUAGAACGAGAUAUGGGUGCUGGACAAAUGAAAAUCAGUCAACCCAAAUAUGUGAAGAAUAUGCUGACGCGAUUUGGAAUGGCUUCGUGUAAUCCUGUUUAAACUCCACUUGAAGCAAACCUGAAAUUGUAAAGGAACGAAACAGAAUCUCCGUUCAAGGAACUUCUGGGUUGCCUGACAUAUCUGGCAAUUUCCUCAAGAUCAAAUAUUUGUGCCGCCGUCAAUUUCUUCAGUCGUUUUCAAGCGAAACCAUCAGACAUUCGUUGGAACCAUUUGAAGAGAAUCCUGAGAUACCUCAAAGGAACUCAGAUUUUGGAUUACUUUAUCGAAAGGAUUAUUCUACGUCAGCCCUGACAGGAUAUGCUGAUGCUGAUUGGGGAAACAGUGAAAAUGACCGGUAAUUCAUUUCUGGAUAUGUCUUCCAAGUUCACGUUUCGACGGUGUCAUUGUCUACGAAGAAGCAGAACUCUAUCGCCCUGUCUUUCACAGAAGCUGAAUAUGUGUCCCUUAGUGAAGCUGCCUGCGAAGCUAUAUGGUUACGGAUCUUACUGACGGAGUUAGAAUUUGAGAUGACAGAACCAACCGUUUUGUAUGAAGACAAUCAAUCUUGUAUUCGUGUGGCAGAAUUACCUCGAAAUCAUGAACGAUCAGCACAUCGAUUUAAGAUACAAUUUCAUCCAUGAAUGCGUUCAAAAGGAAGUACUUCGCCCAGUUUAUGUUUAUACCAAAGACCAAAUGGCUAAAAUUUUCACUAAAGGUUUGAUAAAGACCCCUUUCCUACAUUUGCGUGAGAAACUUGGACUAUUCGAUUCAGGGGGGACCUCCAACUACAGAGGACGUGGUUUCAAACUCUAAGCUUACCAAAGUCAAGACAGUCUAGAUGCGAGAUUCUUCAAUGAUUCUAUCCCAAGCCUCUUGUCCUAUCCUAUCUGUGGUAAGUAUGAAGACACUCUAUGCCCAAGAUAUCCGAGGAAAUUUCCAAUACCAUAAGAUCCUGGACUGUCUUGCUGAAUAACCGUAUGCUUGCCGCAUGGCUCCGGCUGAUAUUUGGUAUGAUAACAAUGAUGUGAUCGUUAAACGCACAGCCCUCAUCGUACACAUUUGAAGUGCUUUGAUAUCAAGAUUCAGUGUCCCAGGAUUUAUCCGGAUCAACAUCAAACAACACGUUCUAAAAUUGUUUCGACUAACUUUUAUUUCACUGGCUGGUUAUCUAGUUAUGACUUUCAGAUCUUUAUGGUACAAGUGGUAGCAGCGAAUGUAGUUUACAGAUCAUUACACCCUCGAUCGUAGUGCUGCUUUCGCCCUUUCAUUCUCUCGUAACUCUCGUUCAUCAUAGAUUAUCCACAUUAUCAUUCAUAACCAAAAUAUACAAAAAAUCUAUACACCGAAAAUUAUGUCAUGAAAAACACAAAACGUAUGAAGCCUAAGAAUUAAAAACUAUAAUUGCUAAUGAUUAUUAAAAAAAGAACAAUACUCCUAA